AUGUAUCAUCAUCAUCACCAACAUCAAGGCAAGAACAUCCACCCGUCUUCAAGAAUGCCUAUUCCUCCUGAGAGGCAUUUGUUCCUGCAAGGUGGAAAUGGCCCUGGAGAUUCUGGUCUUGUCCUCUCAACAGAUGCCAAGCCAAGACUGAAGUGGACGCCUGACCUUCAUGAACGCUUCAUAGAAGCUGUCAAUCAGCUUGGAGGAGCAGACAAGGCUACUCCAAAAACAGUCAUGAAACUAAUGGGGAUUCCAGGCCUUACUUUAUACCAUCUCAAGAGCCACCUUCAGAAAUACAGGCUCAGUAAAAAUCUCCAUGGACAAGCUAAUAAUGGCAGUAACAAAAUAGGUGCGGUUGCAAUGGCAGGAGACCGAAUGUCUGAAGCAAAUGGGACUCACGUGAACAACUUAAGUAUUGGACCUCAGGCAAACAAAGGCUUACAAAUAGGCGAAGCACUGCAAAUGCAAAUUGAAGUGCAGAGAAGGCUGCAUGAGCAGCUUGAGGUACAGCGACAUUUGCAGCUUCGUAUCGAGGCUCAAGGGAAAUACUUACAGGCAGUGCUGGAGAAAGCCCAAGAAACUCUCGGAAGACAAAAUUUGGGUUCCGUGGGGCUUGAAGCAGCCAAAGUUCAGCUUUCUGAACUGGUGUCUAAAGUGUCCAACCAAUGCCUGAACUCUGGGUUUCCAGAUUUGAAAGACUUGCAGGGUUUGUGCCCCCAGCAAACACAAGCAACACCACCCACUGAUUGUUCAAUGGAUAGUUGCUUGACCUCCUGCGAAGGGUCUCAGAAGGAGCAAGAAAUACACAACAAUGGGAUGUGUUUAAGACCUUAUAAUACUAGCAGUGCACUCUUGGAGCAAAGAGAGAUAGCAGAAGACCCAUUGCUGCCUCAAACUGAGCUGAAGUCAUUUGAAGACAUAAAAGAGAACAAGAUGUUUCUCUCCUCAUUAGGCAAGGAUGCAGAAAGAAGAAUGUUUUUUGCUGAUAGAAGCUCCAGCGAUUUAUCCAUGAGUGUAGGAUUACAAGAAGCGAAAGGGAAUGGCGGCAACUGCAGCAGUUUCUCCGAGGCAAAAUUCAAAGGAAGGAAUGAAGAUGACAGUUUCCUAGACCGAGGAAACAAAAGGGCAGAUGAAGUUAACAGACUACAGUACUUUGCAACAAAGCUGGACUUGAAUGUCCAUGAAGAAAACGAUGCAGCUUCAAGCUGCAAACAGUUUGACCUGAAUGGUCUCAGCUGGAGCUGAAAAGGGGUCGUCCAUGACUAGAGAAAAGUGAAAGAGACAGAGUUCAGUACAUUGGCAAUCCAAUUUUAACCAUCGGAAGAGGAGACUCGGUGCAAGAAACAUGCUGCUCUCUCUCUCCACCUUCCCCCAGACCAAAAAUCAAUUCAAAUCUUAACUGAAUAAGUUGCAGCAACAAAGCUAGAUUGCUUUUUGGCAACUACAUAUAACAUUAGAUAUCUACAUCUGAAUGUAGUUUAUUUCUUUUUUACUGCAUGCCAUGUAGCAGACAAUACCUGAUGGAGUUCCAGGAAAAAUGGCUUGAUCUGAUUAAUGAUUACAGCAUUACUCUUUUGUAUCA